ACAGGAUGACGGAAAACAAGGGAAGUUCCUAGUUGACAACAACAAUGGAAUACCUAACGUUUUAUGCAUGGGUUAAUUUUUUGCAAUAAUAACUAUGUCUAGCGCGAAGCAUAACAUUUAGGUGUUCAGGAAUGAUCAUUAUUAAUGCCCCGUAAAGCCAAAAAGACAGAGAAGCCUCCCCUGCCGUUCCUGGAGCAUCCUGUGCGUGGAGUCAGACUCCAAAAUGUACCUGAAGUCCGAGCAGCACUCAAUCCCAAAGAGUUUUUCACAGAGACACAGAACAGUUCAUCUCUAAAUUCUUGGGUAAGACCAGAAUUUGAUCGUUCAGUUGCAGCUGCACUCCCAGUGAAACGAGGCGGAAGAAAAAAGUGCCUCUCUGCCACAAGCAUUCUUGACAAUUCCAGUCAGCUGUCCAGGAAAAAGAGUGUGUGCCAAUUCCCCUCAUUAUCGUUUCAUACAAGGUCAAGAGACCAAUCUAAUCAACAAAGGAGUACACACACAAAUAAAUCUUCAGAGUCUCCCGAUGUGUGUGAAACAGGAAAUCAACCACAGGGAGCGUGCCAAAUCAAAAGGACUGCAAAGCACUCAGACACACCAAAGAGACAGACAUCCACAUUCAGAAAAAGGAAUGUGAAGACACUUUCCAAUGAGGCUGCAUCCUCCAGUAGGUGUUUGGACCCACCUGAAAAUCCAUCUAUUCAAGUGACAGAGAGAUGCAGUAUUCCAGCAGAUGGUGAUGCGACACCGGCCUCCAAAACGCACAGCACCACUGAGGUCAGCAGUGUCAGUCCACCACCUGAUGUUGACACUCCAAAAGUAAUUCAAGAAGGGAGUAGUCAUCCCUCCUCAUCCUCUCCACACUUGCUACAGGCUCAGCCAUGUACACCACCAUGUAAUCAGCUACCUGAAAUGUUAGUGGCUGACACACCAGAGAGGGAUUAUGGGUUGAAGGUGACAUGGAGGAAGAGGAGGGGUCUGAUGUUGUUGUUAAAAGAGAGGGGCCAUCUCUCGGACUCAGAUGUGUUUAAUCACAGCUGAUUUGGUAAGAAGAAUAGAAGGCAAUGAUGAAAAAAGACAUUGAUUAUUCAUUGGACUGCUUCUUCUAUAAUUAUUUGUCUAAACUACUGUGAUGUGUAAGGUGAUGAUCAUAUUUCAGUUCAUUUACUGUUUACCUUUUUUUUAUUUUGAACAUCAUAAUGAUAAACCAAGGAUGUUAUUAAAUAACUUUCUGUCACCCACCCACUCAAAACCCUGAUACUUAUCGUACAAAUUAAAUAAUGAGCAAAUCUAAACUGCAAUAUCUAAGUUAUAAUUUGUUCCUAUUUAUUGAGAUUCAUCCCAAUUGUACUGUAUUUUUAUAGACUAUGUUGCAAAUUAGUGACCGCCUUUAUAUUCAUACAUAAUUCUGACCUUUUGCAAUACAAGCUAGUUGUUUUAGUAUUAUGCUUCUCGAUGUUUAUUGCAGAUUUGAGAGAAAAAAGGUCUAGCAGGUCUAUGAGCUGUAUAUGAUAUCACAUGCCUUAUGGAUCUAAUCUAACCCUAUACAAUUUUGUCAAUAACGUAAAAACUCGAGUCACUUUUGUAAUAAAACCAUGGUUGCGGCUGAAAGACAAUUUGAA